AUGUCGAACAGACCGUUCGCACAGCUACAAGCCGCUGCCAUCGAUGGCAGAACCAGGACUGUCUUCUACCGUCAAAGUCAACUGGAGAAGCUACACAAGAACCUGGUCUCAAAUGCUUCCGACAUCGUAGAUGCGAUUGUCGCGGAUGCUGGUCUAAGCAGAACAGAAGCACAGAUCGAGUAUUCGCUUGCUCUCACGACGGUCAGAGAGCGCUUUGCAGAGCUCGAGCCGAAGAAAGAGCUCGAAAACGAGUAUGCUGUUGCGCGUGGAGAAGAUGCCGGCAGCCUACGCCUUGGCUAUGGCACUGUAUACAUCAAGGCUUCAGCGGACCACACUCCGUUUUACUCUGCUAUUGCACCCUUGAGUGCAGCAAUCGCUGCUGGCAACUGCGUAGUCUUACAGGUCGAGAACAGCCUUCGCAGCCUCCCAACCAUCCUCCGUAACACGCUCAAGUCUGCGCUAGACAACGAUACAUUCGAUAUCGCACAACAACCUGUACAAGACGCAGCUUUCUUGGACAACUGCUUGCAAGUGGUCCAGGAUGGAUCAAUUGAUGGCGCCCCUGCGCUGAACCAGCUUGUUUCGAAAGCCGGCUCAAUCACAGCAGCGAUCGUGGAUAGGACGGCAAACUUUGACGAGACCGCAAAGGCUCUCGUGAAUGCUCGCUUCUCAUACAACGGCAAAUCACCGUACGCUCCAGACAUCAUCUUCAUCAACGAGUUCUCCAAGAAGGACUUUUUGCAGGCACUUCUCAAACACUCCGUAUCCUUCGACGAAGUGGUAGAGAGGGAAAAGUCGCCAACCCGCAGAGGUGGUCGCGAGAAUGGCAUCAGAGACUUGAUCUCCAGCCUUCAAAAGGACGGAAGUGGGCGUGUCAUUGCACAGGAGUCGAACCGCGCAAUCCUAGAAUUGAGCAAGAGUGUANGGAGUACGAGCCUACUCAAGACCAAGAUCAGCGAGCCCGUUCUGCUUGUACAUGCUGUCAAGAGUCUUGACGAUGCCAUUGACUUCAUCAACAACAACGGUAACGAGCUGCUGGCCGCCUACCACUUUGGCGAGAACGCCCAGUGCAAGUACCUCAGCCAGUUUGUCGCAUCGCAAGUAUCUUAUGUCAACCACAUCCCGGCAGAACUGCUCGUCGGUCCUGCCUUCCCAGUGGGCCACCCCAUAACCUCAACACGCUACCCUACCGCCCUCUUCACCCGCCCGACACCCGCCUUCGUCAACAACACAACACAGUCAAAGGCCGUAGAGUCUGCACUGAACGGCGCUUCAAAGUCGGAAAAGUCAGCCGCUGUGCAAACAUUGUACCGUCAAGCCGUGUCGGAUCUGCCAUCUGCACACAAGCGACCAAAGCAGACGCGUGCAGCUUUCGGUUUCUUCGAGCAGUCCAUGCUGUUGAACCUCGGCUUUGUGCUGCUGUCGACUGGCGCCACCAUCGCAGCGACUGUCAUCCUUGGAAAGCGUGCAAGAGCUUAUUACUCUCACUGA